AUGGUGGAUGCGCAGGUGGAGUGCGCGGUAGGGGAAGGGGUUGAGUGUGGGAAAGUCGAUCGCUGUAACCUCGAAAUUUUAGUCUUAGAUCUUGCAGCUACGCGUCACCCCUGUCUAUCCGCUUGUGCGCGAAGUUCGGCAGCGGACCUCAAGGGUCUCCAGGGUCGCCAGGGUCUCUGUGAAGUUAACAACCACAACCACAACCACAAGAAAGGAAAAAAAAAAAAAAAAAAAAGAGUAAACACCAAACGCACAACCCCGUUUCAUCACGAAACGGCGGCUCUUCUUGCGGCUCAACCAACAUCUCAGCCGUUUUGGCGUACAGAAAGCCUACUUUCAUCCACCCCUUCCUUUAGGGACCUUCUCCGAUGGAAACACAGCCUUCACAAUGAGGUCAUGGCUAGUUGGGUCCGUUCCAAACAGCAGAAACACAUGUAUCGUGAGAUACUCUGCCCCGAUGCUGCACUCACGACAAGACAUGGAAGCCAUGCACUCAACCAAGGUUGA